CCACAUAGUCCAUUCAAUCGGUCAGUUCAUAUAGAACGCGCGAGUCGUAAUCACGUUCACGUUAGCGCGCGAAUUUGAGUUCUUUUUUUCAACAUGUUAUUUUUAAUAACCGUUACAGUGCUACUGGCCAGUGCGCAAGCAAAAUUUUACACGGAUUGUGGUUCGAAGCUAGCUACAGUACAAGGCGUGGGUGUCAGCGGGUGCGCAGAUGAUGCUACGGAAUGCAUCCUCAAGCGAAACUCCAAUGCCACCAUAUCGAUUCAAUUCACGCCAAGUAAAGACGUGAAGAGCUUAUCGACUGAGGUGCAUGGAGUCAUUAUGAACUUGCCCGUGCCCUUCCCGCUGCCGCAGCCUGACGCUUGUAGGGACAAUGGACUCGCUUGCCCUUUGAAGGCCGGUCAAGUAGCCCACUACCAGACAUCUUUGCCAGUACUCAAGUCCUAUCCCAAAGUGAAGGUUGACGUCAAAUGGGAAUUGAAGAACGAAGAUGAAGAAGAUCUUGUCUGUGUCAUGAUCCCAGCCAGGAUCCACUAACUUUCACUACUUACUAUUUGGACCAAUCAUGGUUUACAUCUUCUUACUCGGUAUAUUAAAAAAAAAACAAUUUUUAUACUCUCUCAAAAGUACAAUUUAUGAAAAAGAACAAAAAAGAAGCCUUCGAAUUAUAUAUUUAUUUUAAUAAUUCAUUUUGUAUUGAGCAAUGCUCAUCUAUGAUAAGAAUACUUAGGACAUUUUUCUUUACACUUACAUUGCAUAGAGGGCGCUAAUACGCAUUUUUUUAUUUAAGUAAGUGUAAUAUAUCACAACGUGCAAUUAGAUUAAUACAUACUUAGAUGUAAAUUGUUAAGUAAUAUAAAUCCAGUACAUUGUCCUAUUGUUUAAUUAGAAAAUCAGGACUACAAAUUACAUAAACUGGAAAAUGUUCUGAAAUAACAUCUUAGAUAGUAUUUUUCUUAAAUGGAAAAUUCUAAAAAUAUAUUUUUAUAGGUCAAUAAAACUUAAGUUCGUUAUGUAUAAAAAUAGCAAAUUAACAUUAGACCUUAGUAUAACAUUUCGCUGUGAUUACAAGCUUUGGUCCUCUUGCCCUGAUUGUUUUCAUACCACUACCAAUUUAACACCAAAGGCAAAGGUGAUAUUUUUUACAAAAUAAAAUAUAAAAUAAAUAUUUAAAACUAGAAA